AUGAUGAAUGGACCAAGUGCUGAAGCACCUCGCCGCGCCCAUCUCUACGUUGGCAAUCUGUCGCCUCGCGUGACAGAGUACAUGCUGACCGAGAUUUUCGCAGUGGCUGGUCCGGUGCAGCACGUGAAAAUCAUUCCAGACCGCAACUAUCAGCACGGCGGCCAGAACUAUGGUUUCGUCGAGUACAUGGACAUGCGUGCUGCCGAGACCGCGCUUCAAACGCUCAAUGGCCGCAAAAUAUUCGAUACUGAAAUUCGCGUGAAUUGGGCAUACCAAGGCACCCAGAACAAAGAAGAUACCAGCAACCAUUACCAUGUAUUCGUGGGCGAUUUGUCCCCAGAAGUCAACGAUGAAGUCCUCGCAAAGGCCUUUGCAGCAUUUGGCAGCCUCAGCGAUGCACGUGUCAUGUGGGACAUGAACUCGGGCAAGUCGCGUGGAUACGGGUUCCUCGCGUUUAGGGACAAGACCGACGCGGAGCAGGCGAUUGCUACCAUGAAUGGCGAGUGGCUCGGCUCCCGCGCAAUUCGCGUCAACUGGGCCAACCAAAAGACCCAGUCGGGCGGCGGAGGCGGAAUGCCACCCGGCAUGCCCUCGAUGGGCGAUUCGAUGGGAAUGGGUGGUGGAGCGAUGGGUGGUGUUCCUGCUCCAAUGAAUUUCCAAGGUGGCCCGCUCUCAUACGAAUCCGUUGUCUCCCAGACACCCGCCUACAAUACGACCGUUUACGUCGGUAACCUGGUUCCCUACUGCACGCAGGCAGAUUUGAUUCCUCUGUUCCAAUCGAUUGGCUAUCUGUCCGAGAUCCGCAUGCAGGCUGAUCGAGGGUUCGCGUUUGUCAAGUUGGACACCCACGAGAAUGCGGCAAUGGCGAUUGUGCAGCUGCAGGGUCAGCUUGUGCACGGCCGCCCAAUCAAGUGCAGCUGGGGCAAGGAUCGGAGUGCAGCUGAUACUGGUGCCCCUGGCAGCAUGAUCACCCCCGCAACUGGGGCUGGCGCCUAUGGCGGAGUACCUAUGUACGGCAUGCCUCAACCCAACGCGUAUGCUCAAUACGGAUUCGGGGGCGCUGGAUAUGGCGGAUUUGCUAAUGGGCAAGGCAACGCUGGUAUGCCCCAACCCAACCCCGCCCAGGCCGGAGCUGGAAUGGGUAUGGGACAAGACAAUGCCGCCAUGGGUGGUCAGGGCAAUACCGCUCCUGGCCAGUGGGGUGCAAGCGACCCGAGUGCAUUCUACCAGCAGCAAGCGUACUGGGGAGGCAAGUUCACUUGA